GGCAGCAGAAGGGAAGGGAACAGAACAGGUAAGAAUCUCUGAACCCUGAAUCAGUUUAUUGUUAUCUAGUUUUGAAUAUGCAUUUGAGAGAGGGAUGUUCACUGCUACUGAAAGUUAGAAAACCUCAAAAAAUAUCAUUUCUCCUCAAUACACAAACGCAAGCAAUCCCUAAAAUUAUUCUGAAUACAGAAAAGAUUGGUAAUCCACCUCAGAAUGAGUAUCAUGUUGUAAGGCGUUUGAAUCAUGAGAAAGACAUGCUGGUAGCAUUAGCAUACUUCAAGUCUGUUGCCAAUGGUGGGGAUGCUGAAGUUCCCCAUUUUAAACACACUCAUUUAACAUACAAAACCAUGAUUGAUAAAUUAGGUCAAGAACAGGGAUUUCUGGAUGGUAUUCAGUACUUAUUACAGCAAAUGAAGUUAGAAGGAAUUAGUUGUUCUGAAGAUAUAUUUAUUAGUGUUAUUGAUUCUUAUAAGCGAGCUGGUUUAGCUGAGCAAGCUUUAAAGACAUUUUAUAGAAUUCAAGAUUUCGAUUGUAAACCGACUGUCAAGAUUUAUAAUCAUGUUUUGGAUGCGUUGCUUAACGAGAAUAAGUUCCAAAUGAUUAUUCCGAUUUAUAAUAACAUGAAGAAAGAUGGUGUGGAGCUUAAUGUUUUUACGUAUAACAUUCUUCUCAAAGCAUUGUGCAAGAAUAACCGAGUUGAUGGUGCAUAUGGGUUACUUGUGGAAAUGUCCAAGAAAGGUUGUUCUCCUGAUGAUGUCAGCUAUACUACUAUUGUGUCCUCUUUAUGCAAGCUUGGAAGGUUAAAGGAAGCGAGGGAACUCGUAGCUAGGGUUAAUCCAACUGUGCCUGCUUAUAAUGCUUUGAUUAAUGGGUUUUGCAGGCAUUUGGAUAUCAAGGAGGCAUUCAUUUUGUUAGAUGAAAUGAUGAGUAGGGAAAUUGUCCCUAACGUGAUCACAUACACUACUAUUAUAGAUGCUCUCUCUAAUACCAUGGAUGUUGAUCAGGCUCUUGUUGUUUUGGCACAAAUGUUUGUGAGAGGUUGCCAACCUAACAUUCAUACUUUUACUUCUUUGAUGAAUGGGUUUUUCAAGAAAGAAGCAGUACAUGAAGCUCUUGAUGUGUGGGAUCGAAUGGCUGGAGAAGGUUGUGAUCCAAAUGUUGUGACCUAUAAUACAGUGCUUCAGGGUUUAUGCAGGAACGGAAAUCUUGAUAUGGCCCUAUCUUUUUUUGAUCAAAUGGUGGUUAGUGGCAUCUCUCCAAAUGUUAGAACUUAUAGUACUCUUAUUGAUGGGUUAGGGAAAUCGGGAGACUUGGAUGGUGCAGCCAAGAUGUGGAAUAAAAUGGUAACAUGUGGUUGUCACCCUAAUACUGUGGCGUUUACCUGCAUGGUGGAUGCCCUUUGUAGGAGGUGUAUGUUCAACCAAGCCUACUGUCUUAUUGAGAAUAUGAAAUUGGAAGGUUGCCCUCCAAAUACAGUAACAUUUAACACACUCAUAAAAGGAUUAUGUAGCAGCAGAAGAGUAGAUUGGGCCAUGGAAGUGUUUGAUGAAAUGGAAAAGCAUGGCUCUGACUGUUCACCUAAUGCCACAACAUUCAAUGAGCUGCUGGAUGGUCAUAACAAAGAAGGAAAUUAUGAAGAAGCUUUCCGGCUUUUUAAGGACAUGAUGACAAGGGGAAUCGAUUUCAAUUUAGUAACUUAUAAUACCAUGAUUUACGGUCUAUGCAUCGCUGGUAUGGUUGAUGAGGCCGCACAAUAUUUGGGGAGAAUGGUUGUUACGGGAAUUCAUCCUGACACAAUAACCUUUAACACUUUUAUUCAUGCCUACUCCAAGCAAGGUAAUGUUAAUGAUGCUCUUAAAUUGAUGGAAGGAAUGACUGAACAAGGGUGCAACCGCGACAUAGUUACAUAUACAAGUCUUAUAUAUGGUCUCUGUGAAAUUUGUAGUUUGGAAGAAGCUAUGAUAUAUCUUGAUAAGUUGUUGAAAGAAGGGCUUUCCCCUAAUAGUGCUACGUGGAAUGUGUUAGUCCGCAGUGUUUUCAAAACAAUGGACUUUUCCGGAUCGAUUCCCUUGGUGGAGAAUAUCCUAGGUGAUGAAUAAUGCUCAGGGUACCGGGUUUUGUGAGAACAUGAGAAUGUACAGACAUUGUCCCGUGCAUCUGAAUUUUUCCAAAUCAUGUUGGAGCUCAUAUGUGUCAGUAAGUACAACACCUGCUUCCCAUGCUCCAAGUCUUUUCUUGGUAAGCUGCUCCGCUGCUUCUACACCAUCUAUUCUGCUUCUGAGGUCAUUAUUUCAUCAGCAACAAGCUCUUAUACUUCAGAAGGAAAGAAAAUGACUGCAUCUGGAAAGAAUGGCCGCUUAAGGGUGCAACCGCGACUUAUUACAUACACAAGUCUUAUAUAUGGUCUCUGUGAAGUGCUUAAUUUGGAAUGUUUUAGUGCGCAGUGUUUUCUGCACACUGGGGUUUUCUGGAUUGAUUCACUUGGUAGAGAAUAUUCUGGGUGAAGGAUAGUGUCCAACAUACUAUCAGGAAUAUGUGAGAAGAUGCGAUUGAUGUUUGCACAGACGAUGUUCCUUGCAUCUGAUUUUUUUCAAAGCAAGCGCUGAAAUUGGACUUCAGAUGUUCAGUAAACAUAACACAUGCCUCCCCUGCUCGGCUUCUUUCCUCUCCAAACGACCCUGCUGCUUGUACACCAUCUAUUUGUGCUUCGAAGGACAUUAUUUCAUUGGCGUCAAGCUCCUAAACUUCAGAAGCAAAGAAAAUGACUGCAUCUGGAACAACUUGUUCCUUUUCAAAGUUUUUCUUUGUCAAUUAAGAGUGCAGCUUCAACAUCAUCAUCUCACAGCUACAAUCAACACCUCCAGGAGAUGCUGUGCUUGAUAAUCAAAGAUGGUAAAUCUGUGCGUUACAGCUGCAUUAUCUUAAAAACUCUGGGCAUCAUUCUUUGUAACCUGCUCUGCAGUGUGCAACUAGGAUCUUGUCCCGAUAAGGGAAACCACUUGCAAGGUUCGUGGGCGGGAUCACGAUUCUCCAUUUGUCACCACCUAUACCGCCGCCUAAAAUUUCAAGCUGAGCUUACAGAUGUAUGUUUUCCUCCACAUAUUACCUUCUGUGGGAUUGCAGAUUUUAUCAAGAUGUUAAAGAAAAGGUGGCGAUCACCGUCUCAGAUUGCAUUUUAGAGCCCCUCAGUUCCUCAGACAUUUGCAGAGAAAAGAGUACAGAAACAAUAUGGCCAGCCGGUACGAUUUUCUUUUGAAACAAUUUAUAUAGGAACAAUUCAACCAUAUCAAUCCAUAUUUUUUUUAUUUGGAACAUAAA